CCGUGUCCCGGACGUGCAGCUCCGCGCUGGGACUGGCUCCUCCGCAGCCAUUUUGUCCAACCACAGGCGACUCUGCGACCAACCAACCAGGGCUCCGGCUGCGCUUCAAUAAGAUGGAUGGGGACAGUUCCACCACAGAUGCUACCCAGUUAGGAAUCGCAGGUGAUUACAUCAGUGGAAGCCACUAUGUGCUACAAUCUCAUGAAGGGGACGCGGAUGAGGCGCUCGUAGAACACGACGACACGAAUGGCUCCAAGGAGUCUUACAGGGAGCAGGAUAUCUAUCUCCCGAUUGCCAACGUCGCUCGGAUAAUGAAAUCAGCAGUUCCUGCAACAGGCAAGAUUGCUAAAGAUGCAAAGGAAUGUGUCCAAGAGUGUGUAAGUGAAUUUAUCAGCUUUAUCACAUCCGAGGCCAGUGAGCGAUGUCAUCAAGAAAAACGCAAAACCAUCAAUGGAGAAGACAUCCUUUUUGCCAUGUCCACACUAGGCUUCGACAGCUAUGUGGAGCCACUGAAACUCUACCUGCAGAAGUUCAGAGAGGCAAUGAAGGGGGAGAAAGGAUUGAACGCAUCAACAGGUGGAGGCACAGAUGGCCUUGGAGAAGAGCUCACAGAUGAAACUUUUUCUAAUCAAUUGACAACAGGCUUGAUUACCGCUGAUGGCCAACCACAGAACGUCAUGGUGUAUACAACAUCUUACCAACAGAUUUCAGGUGUACAGCCCAUUCAGUUCUCCUGAUAGAAGCCAUUCAGACUUGGAAGCGCAUUAAACCCUACAGUAAACGAAAUGGAAUCAGAGAGAAGACAAGAGCAGUUGAAUGGUCAACAUUUCUGCAGAGGAUGAUCUUUACCUGCUCUUGAAUUAUAUUCUUCUGGAUAGUUGUAGAUGCUUUGACAGGUUCCUGGGGUCUGACUGAGAAAUCCUGUUUCUGAACCCCUCACCUGAAGGAUCAUUUCUUAUUUACCAGUUUUAAAACAAAAACUGAACCUUUAUAAUGUAUCACAGUUACAAAGUACUUUUGUUUUGUACAAGAGUUGGGUUUUGUGUGAACACAUACAGGAAGCUGAUGUCAUUGGCCGCUGUGUGUCCAAUUUACUACUGUCGGAACUUACUGGGCAGUAUCUUAUUUUCAUAUUGAAUCAUGUUGCUCCUUUUGUAAUUCAAAUAAGUAAUUUCACUAGAUGUACCCUUUUAAUAAAACAGGUGUAAAAUAAAUUGUUUUUG